GGACCUCCCUGCUGCCCAGGGUGACUCAGUUGUUCCUGCCUUGCGGAGGCAGCUGCGGCCGGGGCAGCCUUCAUCAUCCUGCUGGAGAGGGAUUGCACUGGCCACAUUCCUAUUUGGCCCUAUCACCGUCAAGGGGCCAGGCUGAUGAUUCCUACUGCUGCUCCAGCCAGCUGUCUGCCGUGACCCUGGGGAGCUGGUGAUGGAGGGGUUUGGGGGAGCCCCCAGGUUCCUGGCCUAUCCACGUGCCUUCACAGUCCAAAGUGGCACCAAUGUGGUCCUGAGCUGCCAGAUCGUGGGUGAUCCCCAGCCAAGCAUCCUCUGGGAAAAGGACAAGAAUACCAUCGAGCCCUCAGGCCGUUUCCAUAUGGAGUCCAAAGGGGACCUGUACAGCCUGCUGGUGUCCUGUGCCACCCCCAAGGACAGCGGACUCUAUGUCUGCAGAGCCAAGAAUAGUGUUGGCGAGACUUACGCUGCCACCGCGCUCAGGGUGGAGCCGGCGGAGCCCCGAGAGGAGGAAGGAUGCUCAGGCAGCGUGGCACCCGCCUUCCUCAUCGCCCCCUCGUCCAUGCGGGUGUGCCGGGGGGAGGAUGUGAUGUUCACCUGCAGGGUGUCUGGGCAGCCCUGCCCGGUGCUGGAGUGGGAGAAGGACGGGCACAAGCUCUCCGACCUCUUUGAGAGCAGCCACUUUGCAGUGGGGCAGAAACCAGAGGACUGGCACUUCCUGAAGUUGUUCGGUGCCCGGCCCCAGGACGGGGGAGUGUACGUCUGCCGGGCUCGCAGCGGCUCCCAGGAGGCCCUGGCUGCUGCCGUGCUCCUGGUCGAGCCCCAGGCGCUGCGGGACGGGCUCCCCAAUGGCUGCCCCGCCGAUGGUGCCCCGGUCCUGGCGGAGCGGUGGCGGCGGCACGCGGCGGGACGGCGGGCGGGACCGGAGAGCUGGGUGCCCAACGGCGUGGUGCCCGCCAGGGCGCCGGGGGCCAAGGCAUUUGCCGUGAGCGCAGGGAAGCACGCCAAGUUUCGCUGCUACGUUACGGGCAAGCCCAAGCCAGAGAUUAUCUGGCAGAAAGAUGGUGAGCCCCUCGCCCCUGGCCGCAGGCAUCUCAUCUACGAGGACCGGGAGGGCUACUUCAUCCUCAAGGUGCUGUACUGCAAACCCCAGGACCAGGGGCUGUACGUGUGCACCGCUUCCAACACCGCUGGCCAGACCCUCAGCGCAGUGCAGCUCCAGGUGAAAGAGCACCGGCUGCGGUUCCAGGUGCAGCUGGCCGAUGUGGAAGUAGCAGAGCGGGAGGAUGCAGUGUUGGAGUGCCAGGUGCCAUUGGAAACCAUCCCCACCUCCUGGUACCUGGAGGACAGGGAGCUGCAGCCCAGUCACAAGUAUGUGAUGGAGGAGCAAGGGCUGGUGCGGCGCCUGACCAUCCGCGAUGCGCGCACCGAUGACGACGGCAUCUACCUCUGCCAAAUGAAGGACAAAGGGCGCAGCAUCGCCGAGGUCUCUGUCCGAGGGGUGAUUGUGAAGCGGCUGCCACGGAAGCUGGAUGUGAUGGAGGGGGAGAACGCGGUUUUCUGUGUGGAGACGCGGGAUGUGGUAGAGGGGAGCUGCUGGAGCCGGGAUGGGAUACAGCUGCGGGAGUCACCCCGUACCGUGCUGAAGAGCUUCGGCAGGACACACCUCCUGGUGCUGGUGCACGUCACCCGCCAGGACGCGGGCAUCAUCUCCUUCACUGUCGGCGAGUCGCAGACAUCCUCCCAGCUCCGAGUCAAGUGUGUGAAGCACGACCCUCCGAGUGCACCGGUGGCAGCUGAGAUGAGCGUGGUGGAGAGCAACACGGCCCUGCUGACCUGGUGUCCUGCGCCUGACGCCCACCUCCGCCCCGCCAGCCACUACGUGCUGGAGCGCCGGGAGGCGGCGGGAGGGGAGUGGGUGCAGUGCCUGGCCACCGACCUGCCCAGCUGCGUGCGGGUGCUGGGCGACAGCGUGCCUCGCGAGGCCGACUACUGCUUCCGCGUCUCUGCCGCCAACAAGCACGGCAGGAGCGGCCCUGUGCAGUUCCCUGGAUCCGUGCACCUUGCCCCAGCAGCUCGUCUGGAGAGGGGUCUGCAGGACACAUGGGUGAGGGAUGGUGAGGAUGCACAGUUCUCCCUGGAGCUGUCAGCCGUGGUUCAUGGAUCCUGGUUCCUCAACGGUGCCAGGCUGGGUGAGGAGGAGGAUGCAGGCGGCCGGUGCAGCAUACAGCGCCAUGGGAUGGAGCACUCGCUGCUGAUCCGGGGGGCCACGACUGCCCCACAGGUCCACAUUGCCCCAGUGUCUGAGGGUGAACGGCUCCGGAAAGUGCCAGCAGGGAUGCCUGUGCUGCUGGAAUGCCAGGUGUCCACCCCGGAUGCCCCUGUCUGCUGGCUGAAGGAUGGCAAGGCCGUGCCCCUGGAUGACAUUAUCGCAGUGCAGGCUGAAGGCUGCGUGCGGAGGCUGCUGCUGCGCUCAGCGUGUCCCUCAGACACCGGAGUGUACACCUGUGACGCUGGGGAUGACGCCGUGAGCUUUGUGGUGACCGUGACCGAGGAGCCGGUGAGGAUCGUCAGCUCCAACGAGGAAGAAUCCCACACCUACCUGGCCAGGCAGCGUGUGGAGCUGUGGUGCCAGCUAUCCCGCCCAGCAGCCCCAGUGCGCUGGUACAAGGAUGGAGAGGAGGUGGAAGUGGGAGAGAGCCUGGUGCUGGAGCAGGAGGGGUCACGGUGCAAGCUGGUGCUGCCCUGCGCUCAGACACAGGACACAGGGGAGUUUGUCUGUGAUGCUGGUGGGGACUCUGCCUUCUACACAAUCACUGUGGCAGAGGAGCCGGUGAGGAUCGUCAGCUCCAACGAGAGGGCUUCCCACUCCUAUGUGGCCGGACAGCGUGUGGAGCUGUGGUGCCAGCUGUCCCGCCUGGCAGCCCCAGUGCGCUGGUACAAGGAUGGGGAGGAGGUGGAGGCAGGUGAGAGCCUGGUGCUGGAGCAGGAGGGGCUGCAGUGCCGGCUGGUGCUGCCCUGCGCCCGGCCACAGGACACAGGGGAAUUUGUCUGCGAUGCUGGUGGGGACUCUGUCUUCUACACAGUCACUGUGGCAGAGGUACCAGUGAGGAUUGUCAGUUCCAACAAGGAGGCCCCUCACUCCUACAUGGUUGGGCAGCGCGUGGAGCUGUGGUGCCAGCUGUCCUGCCCAGUGUCCCCAGUGUGCUGGUACAAGGAUGGUGAAGAAGUGGAGGUGGAUGAGACCCUGGUGUUGGAGCAGGAAGGCCUGCAGUACCGGCUGGUGCUGCCCUGUGCCCGGAUGCAGGACACAGGGGAGUUUGUCUGCAAUGCCAGAGAUGCAUCUGUCUCCUACUCCAUCUUGGUGGCAGAGCCACCAGUGAGGAUCCUGCAGCCUCCACAGCGCUCACUGGAGCUGCUGGUUCAGGCACCAGGGUGUGUGGAACUGCGGUGUGAGCUCUCUGUGCCGGACGCUCCGGUGCACUGGUUCAAGGAUGGGUUGGAGGUGGAUGAGACUGAUAACCUGCUGCUGCUGGUGGAGGGGGCCUGGCGCUGUCUCUUCAUCCCCAAGAGCAGUGCAGAGGAUGCAGGCGAGUACAUCUGCGAGACCAAGGACGAGGCCGUCUCCUUCGAUGUCAAGGUGUCAGUCAGUGGAGGUGCUGAUGUGGUUCUGGCCACCAGUGGAUGCCCACCCACUGGGCCACCCAGCAGAGGUGCUCACCUGAGGCUGGCAGCAGAGGAGUGCCCAGGGCUGCGUUGUCCCUGCGUUGCUUUGUAUCACAGAUAUGCCAUACCUGCAGAGCCUCCGGUGAGGAUCCUGCAGCCCUGCAGACCUGUCCCUGUCAUGACGGUGUCCCCGGGGGAGACGGUGACACUGUGCUGUGAGCUGUCCCGCACGGAUGCACCCGUGUGCUGGGCAAAGGAGGGUGUCAGGCUCGAGGCAGGGGGCAGCCUGGUUCUGGAGGAGGAAGGUGUCCAUCGCCGGCUGCUCAUCCCUGCUGCCCAAGCUGAACACUCUGGAAAAUACACCUGUGACACCACCAAUGACACAGUGACUUUCACCAUCCAAGUGUUGGAUCCACUGGUCAGGAUCCUGGAGAAGGAUGUCCUGCCCACCCACCGGCGCUGCCAGGCCAUGGAGGACCUGGUGUUGGAGGUGCACCUCUCACACACCCAUGGGGAGGUGAAGUGGUACAAGGACGGGGAGAAGCUGCAGGACACAGGGCGUGUGCGGCUGGAGGAGGACGGGGUGCGCCGAUCCCUUGUGAUCCUGGGCACCACGGGCAAGGAUGCUGGGGAGUAUCUUUGUGACACCGGUGAUGACAGUAUCGUCUUCUUCAUCACUGUAGAAGUCCCAGAGCCACCGGUGACCAUCGUGGGCAGCACAGGUACCAUGGUACAUCGCUGCCUGGUGGCUGGGGAAGACCUGGUGCUGGCUUGUGAGCUCUCGCGGCCCGACGCCACCGUGCGCUGGCUCCGGAAUGGCCAGGAGGUGCAGCCGGGUGAACGGGUGCAGGUUGAGGCUCAUGGGGCGCUGAGGCAGCUCACCAUCCAUGGGGCACAGCCCAGCGAUGCAGGGUGCUACAUCUGUGACGCUGCCAGCGACCGCAUGGUGACAAACGUGGAGGUGUCAGCCCGGCCUGUGUGCAUUGUCAACAAGGAGGAGGCGCAGAGCCCGCUGGAGGUGCAGGAGGGGGACAGUGUGACACUGGUGGCUCGGCUGUCCCCGGAGACAGCGGCAGUGCAGUGGCAGAAGGAUGGACAGACGCUGUGCUCAGGUGGGCGGCUGCUGGUGUGCAGCGAGGGUCCCACACGCAGCCUCACCAUCAAGCAAACAGAGCUGGGUGAUGGUGGCAUCUUCCUCUGCGACGCCGGUGAUGAUGAGGUGCAUUUCACACUACGUGUGAAAGAGGCACCCGUGCUGUUCGUGAACAAACGAGAGGAGCAGGAGAAGCUGCUGGUGCUGGAGGGCGGCAGUGCCGUGCUCUCCGCCAUCACCUCCACCGAGCGCUCGGAUGUCACCUGGCUGGGCCCGCAGCAGGCGGCGGUGGCCGGCGAGCGCUGCGAGCUGCGGCGGGAUGGCCGAGUGCACAGCCUCAUCAUCCACAACGUGGCCAUGGAGGACGCCGGCACCUACACCUGCCUCUCACCCCACGACCAGAUGCAGUUCGACGUGACCGUCCGAGAGCUGCGGGUGAAGUUCCUGCGCGGGCUGUCGGACGUGCGAGCGCGGCAGGGCGAGCGGGUGGUGCUGUGGUGCGAGCUGUGCAAGGCGCGGGGCGAUGUGGUGUGGCGGAAGGACGGGCGGGUGCUGGCGCCUGGCCCCCGCCGGCAGAUGACGGCGCACGGACGGGAGCGGUCGCUGGUGCUGAGCCGCGUGGAGCCCGGGGAUGCCGGCGAGUACUGCUGCGAGUCCAACGACGACCAGACCCUGGCAACGCUGACGGUGCAGGUCCCCAGGGUGGUGGAGAUCAUCAUGGAGCUGCAGAGCCUGACGGUGCUGGAGGGGGAUGAUGCCACCUUCAAGUGCCUCGUGUCCCCCGAAGAUGUGGCUGUGACAUGGCAGCUGAAUGGCCAGCCCGUGGUCCCCAGUGAGCGUCUGCUGGUGACAAGGAGUGGCCUGUGCCACAGCCUCACCCUCCGGCAGUGCCAGACAGGUGAUGCAGGAACUGUGACAGCCAAUGCCGAGGGCCUGGUGAGCACAGCUCGGCUGAGUGUACAAGAGGCACAGGUGCUGUUCGUACGGAAGCUGCAGGAUGUGGUGGCAGAGGAGCAGGGGGACGUGUGCCUGGAGGUGGAGGUGAGCCACGAGGCUGCCGAGGUGCAGUGGCUGAAGCAGGGCAUCCUCCUUCAGCCGAGCAGCAAGUACCAGCUGCGGGAGUCGGGGUGCCGGCGCACCCUCACCAUCUGCUGCCUCGGCCCUGCUGACCGCGGCACCUACCGCUGCGAGAGCCUGCACGACCGCACGCAGGCCAAGCUCCAUGUGGAACCCCGGAAGGUGUCAAUCCGGACACCACUGGCAGAUGUGGAGACCUUUGAGAAGGAGACAGCCACCUUUCACCUGGAACUGUCUCACCCUGGCGUGACUGGGGUCUGGACACGGGACGGCAUCCGGGUGAAGCCCAGCAGUACGUGCCGAAUCAGUGCCACGGGCUGUGGGCACAGCCUGACACUGGAGAGGCUUGCACUGGAAGACUCGGGCACCGUCACCUUCACUGCUGACACUCUGCGCUGCAGCGCCCACCUGCGCGUGCGGGAGCCUCCAGUCACUAUGGUGAGGGUCCCACGAGACCUAGGGGUCCCAGAGACAGGGGUUGCCAGCUUUGAAUGUGAGCUGUCGCGCCCAAAUGCAGAGGUGAAAUGGUUCAAGGAUGGACAGGAGCUGCGGCCAGGGCCCAACUGUCGCAUCUACUCAGCGGGACGGCGCCGCAUCCUGCAGCUGAGCCGCUGCGAGCUGACCGACACUGGCAGCUACACCUGCGAUGCAGGCGACUGCCGAGCCUCUGCCACGCUGCACGUCCAGGAGCGCCAGGUCCACAUUGUGCAGGAGCUGCAGGACGUCCAGGUGCGGGAGGGUGACAACGCAGUCUUCACCUGCGAGGUGUCACACGGGGACGUGAAGGGCGAGUGGUUUCGGGACGGGGAGAAAAUCAAGGUCUCCAGCACAGUGAAGAUACGGCAAGAAGGGACCCGGCACUUCCUGCUGUUUUGUGGUGCGCGCCCUGAGGACAAGGGACUCAUCCGCUUCACAGCCAGGACAGUCACCUCGGAGGCCAGUCUGCAGGUGGAAGCACUGCCAAUCCGGAUUGUGAAGCCACUGCGGGACAAGACGGUGCUGGCGAGGCACAAGGCGACACUGGAGUGCACCGUGUCCCACGCCCGGGGCCGGGUGCGCUGGCUCCGUGGGGACACCGAGAUCUUUGCCGGUGACAAGUAUGAGAUCUGCAAUCUGGACUGCUACCGCACACUCAUCAUUCACCGCGUGGGCCCUGAAGACGAGGACUCGUACACCUGCGACGCCUUCGAUGACCGCUCCACUGCCCGGCUCCUUGUGGAGGGGAGCUAGAAGCCAGGAUGCACUUUCUCAGAGUAGAUGGAUGCCACUGCUGAGAGAUGUGGUCAUGCUCCCCUGGCAUGGACAGACACAUGGACACCAUGCCCAGCCUGCUCCAGCCUCAGGGAUCUGCAAUAAACAGCCUUUUUUUCUGACAU